AUGAACUACGACAGCACACGUCAAAAAGACUGCACCAAAACAGGACGCUACGAUGAAUUUGCAACCAAAAACAAUGUAAUCAAACCUGUGCAAAUUAUUCCACAUAACAAGCGAGACGAGAACCCUAAAACACCAGAUAGCACUUUAUUUCUUGACAUGACGUCCGAAGAGGAGGAUGACUAUUCAUGUUUAUGCCCCCGGCAGACUACAUUAUCUGGCGAUGAUUGUUCAAAAAACAGAGCAGCAACUCAAUCGAUCAGAAAUAUGGAUGCUUAUUGGGCAAGAUUUCGAUUACCACGUAACGAAUGGUUACAGAAAGAAUGGAAUAGAGGAGGCAGCGACCGAACAAUUGCUUCAAACGCAAAUAACUUGAUAAACAAAAGUGGUGGAAUUAUCGAUAACGCGUCUCACGCCAAUGCAAAUAUUUUCGACAAUAGUACUGUCAACUACGAUAACACCAUUGUAGACAAUGUUCAUGAUUAUGAUGAUAGUUCGUCUGUUGACUCGUCGACGAAUGAGCUUGGAAUGUCAUGCCCGCCAUCACUGUAUCCGACUUCAACAACGCUAGAAAAUAAAAUAAGUCAGAAAAGAAAGGACUUUAUACAAAAAUAUUCUUUUUCGCUUGCAACAGAUAAAAAACAAAAGACCUGUGAAGAAAGCACUGAGAGCGAAGUACUUUCGGUUGACAAUCGUUUGCUACCUGUUGAUUCGGAAGAAGUGCGACGCAUAGAAAAAAUUAGGCUCUCUUACCAACGCAUUCGUAUUUCAUCCCAAAGUCCCACGCUUUCUCCGCCUGGAUCGUUCGGCGGCAGUAUUAUUGCGGUUCUCACAGAUGAUUUUGCUAAUGCAGUAAAAAUAGGACAGUUUGUAGAAAUUAUUGGAUUUGCAAAGAGACAUUUUCAUGGACUUGAUGCUAACGUAUACCGAGUCAACAAUACAAUUGACACGGGUGUGCAUGUCGAAUCACUCAAUAACCAUGACAGGUUAAUGCAAACGUCUGAAUACUUCACUCUUUUGCAAUCGGCAAAUUUGUCGGCUUGGUCAUUUACUCAACGUGUUGUUGAUGUGUUCUGUGAAGAUGUUGCCCCUACAAAAGCAUAUAGGAAAAUCAAACUGUGCCUGUUAUUAAGUCUCAUAUCAAUAUCCGAGAAGCCUGUCAAGCAUAUUAAUAGUUUUAAUAAGCUGCAUUUACUUAUUAUUUGCGAUAAAUACAAUAAUACUGUCAGAAGAUUAUUGCGACAUGUAUCCAACUUUACUAGACACGAGGAAUGGACUUAUGGAAUUGGUAAUAAAAGACAACCACUCUUUUCAGUAGAGUACGGAGAAAAAAAACCUCGGUCGGAGGCAGCACUCGAAUCUACAAUUUUGUCAAGGGUUGAUGAUGGAAUUUUACUAGUGGAUAUGGAAACAUUGUCUAAGAAAGACGUUAAUGAUGUUAGACAAGUCAUGACACCUACUUCACAACCGACACUGGAGACACAAUACCAUCAGUUGUGUAUGGAUAUUGAUGCGUGUCUCUGGGCAUGGUCAACUACAAGAAAAACAACAACUAAGGGAAAGAACCUACCAACUCAUAAAGAUGUGAAUCAGUAUGGCGUUGAGAGCUCUUGUAAAGCCGAUUGUCGAGAAACGGUCGACUCUGAAACAUCUAAUUCGCUCAUUAAUCACGUUUUCGACCAAUAUUCCGAAAAUGGAAAACUCAAUGGACGCGUGUCAUUGGAAGAUUUUAAGAGUUAUAUUGUAGCGGCGCGUAGCAUCGAAGUCACAUUGUCAAAGGAAUGUAAAGAUUUACUUCGGAAAUACUACUUAACCUUUCGAAAACUAAAAGGAGGAAGUCAUGGCUAUUCAUCGUCGACUGCCCUGCUAGAAACUUUGCUCACUCUGGCAAUAUGUCAUGCAAAACUUUGUCUUCGAAGUGUUGGCAGUUUGGAUGACGCACUUGCAAGCGUUUUAUUAGUCGAAGAAUCCAUUGCUACGAAAUACGGUUCAAGUAGAUCGCUACUUGGUUUUUCAAUAUUAUGCGAUGAUCAGGAAAAUUUACACAAUUUGUACGGUGUUACCACGGAUGAGGAUGAGGUACCCGAAACGAAUGAAUUUGAUGAUUGCGAAACAAACGACAGACGACUCCAAUACUUCUAUAAUCUAUCCAGAUACGACGACGAAAAAAUGUCAAAAAUGUACCAACAUUUGUUGCGUAUAUUUAACACGCUUGAAAACGAUAACGCACCCACAGUUCAAACGGAUACUCGGACAAAUAUUACAGCUAGCGUUCAAGGGUACUUUGGCGAUGAAAGCUCCCUUGAUGUAAUGGACAGCAACACUAGUCAAAAAACGCCAGACGCACGUACCACCGGGAACGAUGGAGACACCAGUACGAGCGCAAGACGUCGAUGGGUAGAGAUUGAUAUGGACAGCGAAGAAUUUCAACAUUUUCGCUUGUUUGGAUAG